AUGCAACAAGCAGCUCCCAGCAGCCUUCUCUUGGCCUGUAGCCUGGCCUUGGCACCUUUCCUCACAGUCUCCUGGGAGAUUAAAAUAAAUGACCUCGAUGAGAAGGAUGUUAAUAAAUUCCAGUCCAAUGGCUAUAAGUGUCCAACAUGCUUUGCUGUGAUGGGAAGAAAGUGUCACACCGAUCUCAAGUGGUGCCGAGCAGAUAGACUGCAGUGUGUUGAAUUUUCUGGCAUCAUAAACACAGGUCUUAAAGACAUGCCUAUUGAAGUGAAAAGAUGCAUACAAGCAGAUCUGUGCAAAGAGACAAUAACUUAUAUGGGUUUUCCAAUUGCUAACCAGAGUAAAAAUUGCAGACCAGCCAUCAACAGUGGGACCAGGAUCAGACUCCCACCUCCCGUCAUCUUUGUUCUCUUCCUGGAGAAGCUGCUUUAUUGA